CCUGUUCAAAGUUCACACUUUCGCUAACUGGCCCCGAUUUUACGUCGCACAAAGUAGAGGAUCCCUUCAAACGCCUUGGACCCAUUGCGAUUUUUUCAGCGCGUCGUCACUGGACCGCGCCACGCUGUGUACGCCUGCAAAAAGGUUCGUCCAUAUAUCAUGAGAAUGCAUCCACACAUUAUCGUUGCCACUGUCCGACACCAAACGAAGGUCAUGAAGUUGGCUGCAGUCAAUAUAAAGAGGAAUUAGAAAGUUUCGGGUUUCAUGUGCGAGGCGAUGCACCGGUAAUUAUCGCGCAUGUGGAAAUCAAUUCCCUGGCUGAUCUGGGCGGCAUUAAAGAGGGCGAUUUCAUUGUGGAAAUUGCUGGCAUGGACGUGAAAUGGUAUUCACAUCAGCAGGUCGUCCGUCUAAUACAAUCCUGUGGCAGCACAUUAGAAUUGAAAGUCAUUACACCUAUGGAUAGGAAUUACCUGAAG